GCCACGGACCUCAAUGUAAUCUCCAUUUUGAAUGUUUUUAUGCCAAGUUAGCGCCUAUUUGCAGGUGGUGGCAGUAACUGGCGGAAUCGAAUAGUUUUAUCGAGUUAUUUUAUUUGUGCGUUUUUGGGCGAAAAUAGACUAAUCGUCUUAGAUUUUAGCCCGAUAUUUCUGCGCGGCGUCAACUUACAGAUUCUUCAAACGACCUCGAUUUGACACUCACUGAAGUGUUUCGUUUUGCUAGCUAACAGUUAGCAACAGAAACAUUAAACAAAACAAUGUGAAGCGAUGCAUCAAAUCAGAACAGAUACUUAAGGCCUGAAGGAUUCAAGAGAUGGAUCAAGGAGGUGUGAGGAAUGUCAAAAACAGAGAUGAGUGUUUGAUUCCCCUCGACUACGGCGACAGCUCAGUUGAGGGAGUUCUCCGCAGUGGCGCACACAGCACCAUGUCCGUUGCCCCAACCUCUCUGGUUCCUCCGCCCAGCCCCUUAAUGCAGCCUGUGUCAGGAGACCUUCCCAAUGGAGUCAGCAAUUCACCCUCUUCGGAGGAGCUCACUAUCAAUUUACCAACCUCCCUGGACCUCUAUGUGGAGGAUCCAGACAUGAAAAUGUUAGGGAAGGACCAAAGGGCUCAGCAGGCCUUCCAGCAGCAGUCGGUGGUGGGCCUCUACAGUAUUGGGGACAGCCUCUCACGGCUGGAGGCCAGCAUUGCAGAUCUCAACAGCUCCUCCCCAUCGGUGGACUCCCUUAUCGGAGGGGUGGAUCCAAGUCUUUUCCCUCUGAAAAACGAGGACUUCUCUCCCAUGGAUAAAGGGGACAUUGAUCUGGAACAGGAUCCAUUUGGGCCUAUUGGGAAAGAUGUGGAUGCUAGCAACACCAAGCUCUUUGGUGACAACACCAUGGACCUCCUGCAGGAGUUUGAGUUGGCUGCGUCGCCGUCCGAUUUCUACGUGGGAGACGAGUUUCCCACCUUGUCUGAGGAAUCCCUGCUGGGAGUCAUCACUUCUGAAAGGGAUACAAAGCCAGCAGUUUCCGUGAGCAACACCAAUGGCACCAGUGCCACCAGUGGCACCACCGGCGUCAACGGCACCUCCAGCUCCAGUCCUUCUGGCCUCACUGCAACCAGCCCUUCCCCUGUGGUCAAGUUGGAGAAAGAACCCCUGAUCCAGCUCUACACUCCAGGGAUCAUCAAACAGGAGAACCCCACUGGAAGGAGCUUCUGUCAGAUGGCUGGUUCAGAGCUGUCGAGCCCGCUCAGUGCAGCGUCCAUCUCCAUCUGUGGCGUUAGCACCUCGAGCGGACAGACUUACCACUUUGGAGGCUCCACCUCCACUGCGGCCACCAACGGUCAGCAGAAAGAUCAGAAGCCAAUUUUCAAUGUAUACACACCACAGGCCGUCACGGGGGAUGGCUGGGGGAGAGGAUUUGGAAACGUCACCAGGAUACAACAAGGGGCCACUGACAGCUUUAGUGGAAGCCAGAACUUCACAGCUGCCUAUGGCAGGCUGGAGUCCAGCGCCGCCUUGUCCACAGGCACAGGGAAACCCAGCGGCAGCACACACAAGAUCUGCCUGGUGUGUUCAGACGAGGCCUCUGGCUGCCACUAUGGAGUGCUAACCUGUGGCAGCUGCAAGGUCUUCUUCAAACGUGCGGUGGAAGGAUGGCGUUCGAGACAGAACACAGAUGGGCAACAUAAUUACCUGUGCGCAGGAAGGAACGAUUGCAUCAUCGAUAAAAUCCGCAGGAAGAACUGCCCCGCUUGCCGCUUCCGCAAGUGCCUCAUGGCCGGCAUGAACUUGGAAGCACGUAAGGCCAAGAAGCUGAACCGCUUAAAGGGUGUGCAGCAGUCGACCACGGCCGAGCUGGGCCCUGCCCCCGUGCCAGAAACGCGGGCACUGGUGCCCAAGGCUAUGCCCCAGCUUGUGCCCACCAUGCUGUCCCUUCUCAAAGCCAUCGAGCCCGAGACCAUUUACGCUGGCUACGACAGCACCCUGACCGACACCUCCACUCGCCUCAUGACCACCCUGAACAGGCUGGGUGGGCGGCAGUUCGUCUCGGCAGUGAAGUGGGCUAAAGCUUUGCCAGGUUUCCGGAACCUUCACCUGGAUGACCAGAUGACCUUGCUGCAGUGUUCCUGGCUUUUCCUGAUGUCUUUCAGUUUGGGAUGGAGGUCCUACCAGCAGUGCAAUGGCAACAUGCUCUGUUUUGCCCCAGACCUGGUGAUAAAUGAGGACAGGAUGAAGCUGCCCUACAUGGGUGACCAGUGUGCACAGAUGCUCAAGAUCUCCAACGAGUUUGUGAGGCUGCAGGUGUCCAAUGAGGAGUACCUGUGCAUGAAGGUGCUUCUGCUGCUCAGCACAGUGCCAAAGGAUGGUCUGAAGAGCCAGGCUGUGUUCGAUGAAAUCAGGAUGUCCUACAUCAAAGAACUGGGAAAAGCCAUUGUCCGGAGAGAGGAGAACUCCAGCCAGAACUGGCAAAGAUUCUACCAGCUCACUAAGCUACUGGACUCCAUGCAUGAUAUGGUGGGAGGACUGUUGAACUUCUGCUUCUACACGUUCGUGAACAAGUCCUUGAGUGUGGAGUUCCCUGAGAUGCUCGCUGAGAUCAUCAGCAACCAAUUACCAAAAUUUAAAGCCGGGAGUGUCAAACCUUUGCUCUUUCACCAGAAAUGAGGAGGAAGAGAAGGAAAAAGAAACAGCCCUCGGGCUGGCAGCAGGACACCAUGCCUUAAAACAUUACAUCACCCAGAAUCCCUUGCCAACCACACAGAGGGCCGGUGAGACACAGGGAGGGAUGGGGGGAGCGAGGUAGAGAGAGAGGGAGGGAGAGUUUGAAGCACAGUGAGAGAGUGAAGAGGGAGAGAGAUUGAUAGAAGAAGGGAGAGGGGCAGUGGGUGGGAAGAGUAUGCAACUAACCCAGUAUAAAACCAUGGUGGGCAAGUGGUGAUCUUAGACGGGUAAAAGAACGCAAAAAAGAGUUCCUGAUAUACAGCUAUACAGUUAUAGGAUAAAUAGCUAUACAGUUGUAAUUAUAUAACUAUAAUACUAUCGUGGUUUUAAAAAAAACAAACAAAAAAAAGACUAUAAAUGUUGUCUCAGGUGUUUGAUCCUCAAAAAUUACAGUAAGGAAGAAAAAUAAAGCUAUUUCUCUGAGAUUGUCAUUUGUAUAGUUUCCACACAUCUGUUUAGUUUGGUUUUGUUUUUUAAUCAAAGGCAACACAGCACUUACUGUUAAAUAUUCUCAAUGUAGAGAACAUUUUAGAUUUUCUGAACUUUUAAUUUUUGUCAGUCAAAAACAAAGAAUUUUUCAUCUGAUAUAUCCGAUGCACAUCUUGUUUCAAUAAUAUGUACAGUGAAAUGGCUUUAGCGUUGGUUGAAGUUGGCUGGAAAAUUGAAUACUUUCACAUUUAACAUAUCCUUACUAUUUUAAAGCUCACAUAUUUUUUGCUAACUGCUAAAGGAAUUGCACAGUUAUAGCAAAAGGGAAACCCUGUGCCUUUUUUAAGUCUGGCCCAUGUUAGCAGAUCUCUGUAACAGUGUGCUGAGAGUUUUGCAUCAUCACGUUAGAUAUUGUAUUUGAUUGUAUUUUUAUACCCACUUGCACUGGCAUUUUUUUUUCCUUUUUAUCAUGGCUCUGUUUAAGUUUUUGGCAGCUCCAUGAUGACAUUGUGGGAACUAAAGCGUUCCUUAUUGCCAUGGUAAUGAAAACAGGAGUGUGGUUUAUAAUCUGCAAAACUCAAUGAUGUAUUAGAUUAUGACUAAAAUGCAAUUUGAGUACUUGCACUCCUAUUGAUUGCUUUAAAGAAAUGUUACAUAAAAUUUAACGUUUGGAUUAACCAUGUUAAUCUGAAUUAUGCAAUGUGAGUCAUAGUUCUUAUCUAAGAUCAGGUUGGUCUUUUGGGGGUUUUUUGUGUUUCGUUUUGGUGACCCUGGCUUAUUGAAGUAAAAACCUUGACCCUUGUACCAGUGUUCCCCAGUUUUGGUCCUGGACUAUCUGUGUACUGCACAUUUUAGUGUUUUCCCUGUGAGGUAAAAUGCACCUGUUACUAAAGCUGUUUACAAUGAGCAUGGACAACACUGAACUGUGCAGCACAGACACACCUGAGGGCCAAGAUUGGGAAACACUGGAUUACAGCCAAAUAAAGUGGACACGGAUUCCACCACUAUCAUCAGGCUAGUUCGAGUAUCAAUGCCAGUGGCCUAGUUUCCAUAGAAGCAAAAAAUGUCUAUUAUUGGAAAGAAUUAAAUAAAGUACAAUCAUAUCUACACAUUAGCUCUAUGUACAUGAAUAAAUUAAUUAUUUAAACUUUGCCAUGACAACUCAGGCCACAGCCUAGAUGAAUUGGUGGUAACUCUUUAAGCCGAAGGCAGUUGCUCCUUAUGCAGUACUAUAUGCCUCCGUGUCUGUUUCAGCUCAUACUCUUCUGUUUAAUCUGUGUAACCCUUUUGGUUUUUUUCAAGUGCUAACGACCUUCCCGUUCACUUCUCAAAUAAACCGCACCAGUGAAAGCGUCAUGCUAGCCUCACUACUCACUUCUCGGGGAAUUUCUACAAGCCUCUUUUGAUGUAACCUAUUCUUUCUGUGCCAAAAGUGUAAUCAUUGUUAGAAUCUGAAAACUGUGUUUGUCUUAACAGGUUGUCAAAAGUUAUGAACAGAUAAUGGAGAAAAAAAGACAUGGAAUAUUUUUCAUUUCCCACUGUAAAAGCUUAUUACAUGUUUAAUACAUGAAUAAAAAGAGCAGAUUAUAUCUA